GGUAUCCAUCACGCAUCCAAUCCUAGCUUAAAGUAAUCCCGGUCACAUCUGCAAAGAUCGCAAAAUGCAUCGUAUUUUUGCUCAGAUCGUAGUCAUUUUCAUUGGUCUCUACUCGACUUGCUCAGGUAGAGAUGAUAGUCUUGUUGUAGACACAGCAGCUGGUUCAGUUCGUGGUCGCUUACAGAAUGUAAUCCACGGGUUAUCUGUGAAGCAGUUUGUUGGUAUACCGUAUGCAGAACCUCCAGUCGGUGAGCUAAGAUUUGCUCGCCCACAACCUGCUAAACCUUGGAAUGGAGUGAAAGAGGCGGUGAAAUUCGGACCAAUAUGUCCACAGUUUUUAAUGAAGCAGUUUUUCAGUUUGCCGGAAAAUAUAACUAUCGAGGAAGAACCCCAAGAUGAAGACUGCCUUACUCUGAAUGUUUACACUCCAUCUCAAGCCACAUCAAAAGACAAGCUUGCCAUCAUGGUGUGGAUCCACGGAGGUGGCUUUGUUGGUGGAUCAGGAUCAUCCUAUAACCCAUCUGUUCUAGUAGCUUACCACGAUGUUAUUGUAGUAACAAUCAACUACCGACUUGGUGUACUUGGUUUCUUUAAUAUUCCUGGCACUGAUGUUAAAGGAAAUUUUGGAAUGCUCGAUCAG